UAAUUAUCAUAGAAUUAUUUUAUGUACUAUUUUUAUGUUUAAAAAAUGUAGAAAUUGAAAAACAAAUUUUCCACAAUGCAGAAUAAUAUGUAUAAAGAAUCAGAAUUCUAGAAUUAUAGAGAUGGAAUUUAUUCGGAUAUGUAAACAUAGCUGUUGCUGACGACAAACGAGUCAGAAUAAUUUAGUUAAAUCAAUUCAAGCCGCAAGGUCACGAUAUCACUUUGUAAUUUAAUCAGUCGGCCAGGCCCCCCAAGUCACCUAACUACCGGCGCAAGAUUACUCUUGUUCAGCGAAAUAUUUCAUAACUAUGGCUUCUACAAUGUUAAAGUUACUCAAAUCAGAGUCACAAAUAUUUCUACGUAAAAACUAUAGCAGUGCUGCACCUACUACAAAAUUAUACAUUGACGGACAAUUUGUUGACUCUAAAACAAGCCAAUGGAUAGAACUGACUAACCCCGCUACCAAUGAAAUUAUUGGAAGAGUUCCAGAGACUACACAAGAUGAAUUGAAUACAGCUCUCAACGCAGCCAAAAAGGCAUACAAGUCAUGGAGCCAAAGUACUAUAAUGACACGUCAGCAACUUAUGUUCAAGUUUGCGCGUUUACUUCGAGAGAAUCAUGCCAAACUGGCCGCAAAAAUCACAGAAGAACAAGGGAAGACCAUUGCUGAUGCUGAAGGUGAUGUCCUUCGCGGAAUACAACUGGUGGAACAUUGCUGCAGUAUAACAUCUUUACAACUUGGUGACUGCAUCCAAAACAUUGCCAAAGAUAUGGACACACACAGCUAUAAAGUGCCACUAGGUGUUGUUGGUGGUGUUGCCGCAUUUAACUUCCCUGUUAUGAUUCCACUGUGGAUGUUCCCGCCGGCAAUCGUGACUGGUAACACUUGUCUAAUCAAGCCUUCAGAGCAAGACCCUGGAGCAACUGUCAUGAUGAUGGAACUGUUGCAAGAGGCUGGAGCGCCACCUGGUGUUGUUAAUGUUGUCCAUGGUACUCACGACACGGUGAACUUCUUCUGCGACCAUCCCGACAUCAAAGCGGUUUCAUUUGUAGGAGGAGAUGCUGCCGGCAAACAUAUCUAUUCUAGAGCUUCUGCUGCGGGCAAACGCGUGCAAAGCAACAUGGGCGCGAAGAACCACGGCGUGAUAAUGCCGGACGCGAACAAGGAGCACACGCUGAACCAGCUCGCCGGCGCCGCGUUCGGCGCGGCGGGCCAGCGCUGCAUGGCGCUCAGCACCGCCGUCUUUGUGGGUGAGGCGAAAGAGUGGAUUCCUGAUUUAGUCGAACGUGCAAAGGCUCUGAAAGUAAAUGCAGGCCAUGUUCCCGGUACCGAUGUUGGACCCGUUAUAUCUGUGAAGGCCAAGGAAAGAAUUUUGAAACUUAUUGAAUCAGGUGUGAAAGACGGUGCUCAAUUAGUUCUCGAUGGCCGAGGUGUAAAGGUGCCCGGUUUCGAAAAGGGUAACUUCGUCGGUCCAUCCAUUCUGACACAUGUCAACCCUAACAUGGAAUGUUACAAGGAGGAAAUAUUCGGCCCAGUUCUAGUUUGCCUCUUUGUCGACACUCUUGAUGAAGCCAUUCAAUUGAUCAACGCAAAUCCCUAUGGAAAUGGUACCGCUGUCUUCACUACAAACGGAGCUACAGCUAGGAAGUUUGCCUCAGAAAUCGAUGUCGGACAAGUCGGUGUCAAUGUGCCCAUUCCUGUCCCAUUAUCUAUGUUCUCUUUCACGGGAACUCGUGGAAGUUUCCUGGGAACUAACCACUUCUGUGGCAAGCAAGGACUCGAUUUCUACACUGAAUUGAAAACGGUCGUAUCUUUCUGGAGGCAAAGCGAUGUAUCCCACACGAAGGCAGCCGUGUCUAUGCCAACUCAACAAUAAAAUGCAUAAUGUAAUACAUUUGUAAUACGAAUUACUUCCGACUAGGUGUAAGAAAUAGUGUUCAGAGCAUUUUGUCUAAGAAAAAGUGUCAUAAAGCAUUUAUAAAUGUUUGUUUUUUUU